GAACUGGAUGGUGGGGUUUCGUUUAGGGCAAAGACAAGUUUCAUCGAGUACAAAUUGACGAAUACUUCAUCAUUCCUUGGAGCGUAUUUGAGACUUGAGUUCUCGUCCACAAAGUGCAAUGGAGAUUUACUGCUUAUAACAAGUAGAGAUACCGACGAUUUGUAUCGAAUUUCUUUCCAUGAACAAAAUAAAGCAACUUUUUACUACAUAAUUAACGGUGAAGAAUUUGAAGUACCAGUGAGUUUGCCUGGAAAUCUAACCAUCUGUGAUGGGCGACGUCACUCGGUGGAGUUCAACAGGUAUCCCAAAACGAAGACUGUCACCUCAAAAGCUGACGAUGGGCAGCAAAAGGAUACUAAAGAAGAUCGUCCGGGAAUGACAAGAAUUGGUUUUAGCAAACCAGAUAAAAUUGAGCUUGGUGGACUAUCAGGGAAUAAGUUCGACGGAUGUAUCUAUAAUGCAAUUGUCCUGUUCUACUCGUCAAAUAUCUUUACAAAUAUCAGCGUGAAUGUAAUAGAGCGAUACACUAAGGAAGAUCCUAACGUUCGUUCUGCCUAUGUGUUCCUUGGGGCUUGCCCUGGCACCGAACUUGAAGGUAAGAUUCAGUCGUCAGAAGCUGUCUCUUUCGAAACCUACUUUCAGCCGGGAAGUUAGGGAGAUAAUUGAAGUAACAGGAUAUAGAACUUGGGUUCACACAAGGGAGCUAAGCGAGGCAUAUUUUCAGUUAUACGAUUACCAAAAAAAUCAGUGUUCUAUCCAUGUAUUCAAAGAAAAUGGGUUAUUUUUGCCUGGUUCACUAGUAUGACUAGUACUAAAUGUAUCUAAAACCAGAAAAUUAACGCAAACGACGUUUCUCAAAAUGUUUAGCUACUUUUGGAACAUAUUAUUUUAGUCAAUUAUAAUCCGUAAAAAAAGUGCUUUUCAAUUUCUUCCGCACUGACCUCGUCUAGCCCUCUGAGGGCUAGACGAGUGUCCGAACGAAGGCCUCGUUUCGGCAUCCGGCCAGUUUGUUACCCUGAUGUGGAUCGUCUCUAAAACGCCCCUAAAAUAACCAUUUCUUCUCACUAUGGUUGUGUUCAACGAGAUACAGCUGUAAACUAUACAUCUAGCUGUUAGUAUAAACUUGAACUAGUUCAACUAGCAACUUCUAAAGAAUCCACUGAGCUCGGUCUGGCGUGCCCCGCUAUUCUUUGAUUUAAGUAGUGCUCGGUAUUCUUUAGCGAUGAUAUUAAGGAAUUUUAAAAAAUUAUACUUAUUCGUACUGCCCCUAAAGUUGAAUUCUUGUUACACCAUAUUUUGUAAUCCUAUUACUACACAGAUGAAUGUACAAGUUCUAGCAGUAACAAUCCCAUGACAGCAGAACGCGGUGUAAUAACAAGCCCAAGGGUCAUGGAAGCAGCACAAAUCAGUCGCUGCAUAUGGUCUAUAACUACGUCGCCGAAACGUCGAUUCAAACUAACGUUUUUGCAUUACAAUGUCAAUGGAUCUUUUUCUUGCUCCAAGAGUCACGUUAUACUCUAUGAUGGAACUGAAUUGACUCCGUCGAGUAUUCUUGGAAGAUUCUGUUUUCCUGCAUCAAAUAAAGUAAUUUACACCCGUGGGAAUAAGAUGGUAUUGAACAUGAUUCUUCCUAAACGUCACUACCUUGACUUCGUUGCUGUGUAUGAAUCCGUUGGACUCCAUGAAGGUAAGCUUCGUUUACAGCUGUAUACGUCCCUUACUCUGGUGCAAUUAUACAGGCGACAAAGCGAGAGACGGCCUGGCUGAAACUCUUCAAGCUUCGUGGGAUUUUUUGUUUGUUAUUUUUUAUUUGUUUUUCAUUAUUUUUUAAAAGAGAAACAUUUUUAAUCGAAAAACUAGGAUAAGAUGUAAAUUUCAAUGAAUAUAGAACUGCUGAAGACCAUACUUGUCGUUCAACUGAUAAAGUGAGUAUUAAAUAAAAUUUAAGUUGAAGUGACUGCUAGGCCCGACAACUGAUCUUGAAUUAUUUGCUUUUUGCCAAAAUUUUAUUUAUUUCUUUGGUGUCUUUCCUGUUAUUGUUGUUGUUGUUGUAGUUGUUUCAUGUAUGUUAAUCUGUUGUCAUAUACAGCUCGAAGCCUCUUUAUUACAACGAGGCCUGAUACACAACUAAUUCAUAUGAAAAUCAGUUUAAUUUGCUGUUGAAAGACAAAUGUCGUAUUUCCGUAUGAAUGGAUGAUCACCAGAACUUAUUUUGAAAUAGAAGGUAAAUUUAAGUAAUUAGGAAACCACCCAUUAAACUUGUGACCAAGCUGCCAUAAUCGUGUGACAAACUAACGUUGGCUUGAUUUUUUUUCCAUUAUGUUAAGUGGGGAAAUCCUCAGGCCAAAACCAAUCACAACUGAAUUAUACAUGCCUAGUUUUAGGGUGAAGAAAAGCGAAGAAUGGUCAAUACCACUCCCUUUCGUAUAAGGAUAGAUUAAAAUCAACUAACUCAAAAUUUCCUGAUGCUUACCGACCAUCGAUCCUGUAUUAAGAAGGACGAGUGAUUUGCUGAGCCAACUGAUAGGUUAUUCCCGAGUUCGUUGGUGUGUUGCUUGGCUAUGCGAGCUUGUUUAACUGGUGAUUUACGUUUACAGGCCCUUGUCCGAUUAACAGAACCCUAAAAGGAAUGUCAGGAUCACUGAUGAGUCCUAACUUUCCAAAUAACUACGAAUCUGAACAGGAAUGCUCAUGGAUCAUAUCGGUUCCACAAGGUUAUCACGUGCGUCUGUUCUUUGACCACGCUGCUGAAUUUCACAUCCAUUCGUGCACUAAUAAGACUUGUGACUGCGACUUCCUUGAGGUUCGCCAGGGAAGAAGCUCUGAAGGAAAGCUCCUUGGCACAUACUGUGGGAGUACAAAACCCUCUCCUAUAUAUGCUAGCGGAAGCGAUGUUUGGCUACGCUUUGUGACUGACAAGGAUUCAAACCACAAUGGAUUUAACGUAACAUUUGAAGCUAUUAACAGUCUUGCAGGUAUGAGGUCAUGAAGACUCUGAGUCGAAUCCCUGUCUGUUCUCUAAAUAUCUAGUAUGAAAAAAUCCCUUUCCUCCGUUUAAAAAAGCUCACGCUGGCGGCUUCGUCACGUGAUUUACAUCCUUUGGAAAAAAAGGAAAGAAAAGAUACAGAACCUUAAUCACGCGCAAGCUAUAAUCUUCUCAGUUGCAUGUUUUAGAGCAGCUAUUUGCUUUUUCCCUCAGAUGGCUGUCCGUGGAAUAAAACUCUUACAGGACACAGGGGAUACAUCACCAGCCCCCUUUUUGCACUGGACUAUCCCGGCAACAUAGAUUGCAUCUGGAGAAUCCAUGUCACUGGGAACUACAGAGUGGCAUUUGUGUUCUUGAGGUCCAUCAACCUCGACCCAAACUGCACUGAUGUCUUAGAAAUUAGAGAUGGACUGGACGCCAGCAGUCCACUGCUAAGACGUUACUGCUCUUCUGAACCCACUCCUCAAACCAUAUUUUCUAGCGGUAGAGAGAUGUACGUGCGUUUUAAGUCUGACAGAUAUAAUCGUCGAGAUGUUUUUAGAGAUGAUUCAGUGGCGCCAGGAUUUCAUGCUACCUACUUUGUCACACGCGUCAAGUCAGGUAGUGUAUUAGCAACACCUGUUCAAAAGCUAUUAUAUAGAUUUGGCCAGGGUUAA